AUGCCAGCCACAGUUUCUGAGGCACGGGAGUUGAUCAUUACCAAACCACAGCCCCAGGUUGAUGACCAUACUCCAGAAGCUGAACCUACUCCUCAAUCACCCUCAGAGGCGCUGAGUGAGAAAAGGGCUUUCACAGUGAAGGAACUCGGUGGCCCUCGCAAGCGCAAGGUCACGCCGGUCCAGCCACACGAGCAAGACAUGAUGAAACUCGAUGACGAUGACGACAAAGAGCAAGAAACUAAGGAAGAGAAGAAACGCCGUAAGAAACUCCGGAAAGAGAAAAAGGCCCGGGAAGCUCAAUUGCGAGCUGCAAACGAAACUCCCUUUGAUUACGGUGCUGCGGAGUCUGUCCUCAACGCCCAGCCUGAAUCUUCGACCCAGCCUAACCCCAAGCAAAAGAGGAGGGCUUUCAAUCCUUAUGCCAAGGCAUUGGAAGCUCCUUCCGGAGUCCGCAAGCAAAAGCGCGAAAUCGCCGGCAAGUCUCACACUUUCCGCUAG